AUGACGGCGAGGAUAGGCAUAACUGAAUCAAACCUGGGCGAUGUGGAAAUUGGGAGGAAGCGGGAGAUGUGGUCAAAAGUUCAGGAGCAACUGGCGACACAUGUUUGUGUUCCACGCACCGUCGGGCUUCUGGAGCAGUACACAGAGGGGGACACAGAGAAGGUGAACUCAUUCACUCCUUCCUUUGCGCUUCCGCAAGGUCUUCUGGAGGAAUUUGAUGCGUCUAUUUUACUUGGGCCACAGUUGCGGCGUGACGCUGAGCACCGGAAGACUGUGUUGCCUUUACCUCUCUUGCCGUUGCGUUACGUGGGCGGGGUUGACAUCACUUAUGUGAAGGGGACAAAUCUCGCUGUGGCCUGCCUCGUCAUCAUGGAGUACCCAGCCAUGCGGGUGUGCCGUACAAUCUUUCACCAAUGCGAGGUGACGGAGCCGUACAUACCCGGUUUUUUAGCCUUUCGCGAGGUUGUGCCACUCGUAGAGUUGAUAAAAAAGAUAAGAGUCGAAUCUUGUGAGGAGGAAACGCCUGCUUAUCCACAGCUUCUCCUCGUGGACGGCUGCGGAGUACAGCACCCGCUCCGCUGCGGACUUGCCAGUCAUGUGGGUGUUAUUCUGGAUAUCCCUACGAUUGGCUGUGCAAAAAAGUUUAUGGCAGUGGACGGUAUGACACGCGAAUCAAUGCAUCUUCUCUUUGAGACCAAUGCUGAUGAUGCACAUGAGGCUAAAAAGGAGAGUCUGGCACCUCUUGUGAAACCAAUGAUUGGGCGGAGUGGUGCGCUGUGGGGCUACGCAGCCACACCAAACCCCAGUGUCAGGAAUCCCAUUUUUAUUUCUCCCGGUCAUCGUGUCGGAUACGCUGAAGCAGCUGCGUUGGCGCUCUCCAUGUGUAAGUACCGCGUCCCUGAGCCCAUUCGCGUCGCGGAUCUUAGUUCCCGUGAUUACAUUCGACGCAUGAAUCUAAGGUGA